AUGGACCCACAAAAACGGGACAAAAUGGCACCCGCAACACAAACACGAGGCAGCCAGCCAUCAAGCCCGACGGCAUCAGAAGGCUCCACAGAUGAACAUGAUAUCCGGGCUUUGCUGACCCAAUUACCCUCAAAAACUGACCUGGCAGCAAUGUUUCAGAAACUGGAGAACAGCUUUGGUGAGAAACUCCAGGCAGUGAAUGCAGACGUGCAGCAGCUCGGAGCCAGAGUGCAGGCCCCAGAGGAAAAAGCAGAGAACACUGACAAACAAUUGGCUGAAUCAUACACCACUCAGGAGACAAACGCAGAAGCAAUAAGGUACCUACAAAGGAGACUGGAGGAUGUAGAUAACCAAGGGCGCGAAAUAACUUGA